UUAUUAACACACCGACUCGUGGCUUCUCACUUUUAGCCAAUCCCCGACAAACUUUCCAUUGUACGUACAUCUGAUUGAACGAACGUACAAAGGAUUCUCUACCUUUUGUACGCAAGCUGGACCCGUUUAAUUAUUCCUUUGAAACUGCGCAGUAUGAAGAGCAAAAAUAUAUGUAACAAUGAACGCUUCCUUUCUUUUAUAAAAGAGUCACUAUGAUUUUGCCCACGAAUAUUGGCAACGUUUUGCCAAAUGUUACUACGUUUUAGUUAUAAGAAAAAGUUUUAUUCGGUCGUUCUAAUUUGUUGAAAAUGUGAUUUGGGAGAAUUUAAAAAAGAACAACACUAAUUAAAGUUGUAAAUGUUAGUUACCGUUGUACUAAAAGUUACUACAUUUUAAGAAAAAUUUUUAUUCGAACAUUUAAGUAUACCUUAAUUUGUUAAAGUCAUGCAUGGAGAAUUAAAUAUUUUUUCCUUUAAAAAUCUUAAAUUUAUACACGAUUCACGUAUUUUAAAAUAUUGUAUCGUGUAAUUAUAAAUGUAAUUAAUAAAUGUAAUUUUCAUAUACAUCAAAUGUUCAUUCGAUACUAAAAUAUUUGUAGCCUACGUCUGAAAUUUUUUUUAAAAGCUUCAAGAUUUAGUAACUUAGCAGUGAUAUAUUCUAGUACUUUAUUGAUAAGUUGGUAUCAGUUGGAUAUACUAUCUAAUGUAGAUAGAUUUGAUUUGAAUCAUUCGAAAAUCGAUGUUUUAUGUAACAUUGCGACAUUAAAUCGCAUAAAAUUAUUUAUGGACAUGAAAAGCACGUGGGAAAAAUAUGACAAGAACAUUUUUUUCAUUUUUUCACUCGAAUAUUUAUAUCUAUGAAAUUUUAUAACGAAAUGUUCAAUAUAAUGCAAAAAUACAUAUUUAAUCCAGAACCAAAUGAAAGGACAGUUUUAAUAACAUGAAAUAAUUGAUUAUUGAAGUUUAAAACUGUUUUUCAUGUUCUUUCUCUGUGUCUUUUUUACACGAGAAAGCUAUUUCUAUAAAAAUUCUAUCUAACAAUAUCUAAACAGAAACAAUACGGGGACAAUUUAUGUGUGGUACUGCUUUCUAUGGAAAGCGGUUUUCUCAAAUGAUUACUAAAUUUUUAUUCUUUUCACUGAAUUCAUAAUGAUGUCGCUUCAACGUUUCGUCGAAUGAGAUUUCUAAUGAGGCUUUUGACGGUUUUCACGCUGUACACUGAUAAUUUACAAGUGUUCCGUGAAGGAACUUUAAGUAAGAGAAAAUCUUCUGACACUUAUAAGGAUGUACACUGCGGCAUCCCUUUUAGACAGAAGUCAGAAUUCAAGAUGUUUAGAUUGAUCGUGAUAUUUUGUCUCAUCGUUCACGUUUGCGCAACGGAAGCUCACUGGAAAGGCUACAGACCACUUUGCAGAUACUGGUGUAGGACGAUCGAUCAUCAAUAUUAUUGCUGUCCAAGCGGAAAAGCUGAGAGUUGGGCGGAAUAUAUUUGGUAUUCUUUCCUACACCCAUGGCUGCUAAUGAUCACCGUUGAAUUUGCACCGAUCGACACGUUUUGGCCAGAAAAUGUCCAUGAGGAAGAAACAGGGGAACAUUGCCCGCCGUUGAGAACCCAUUGUCCACGAACUUAUGAUUGGUACUCACUGCCACCAACUUCUUGCCACGGCGACGAGGAUUGCGACAAAUGGGAAAAAUGCUGCUACGAUGUUUGUCUUGAACACAAAACCUGCAAACAUGCAGAAUAAUAAAUGAAUCGUUCUUUUAAUUGGUAGUAUUCCAAUUAUUUGUUAAAUAUGAUUGUUAUAAAUUGUAUAUCCCUUAUAAUUAGCCCAAUUACUUAUCAUAUGAUACUUAUAAAAAACAUCUUUCUUUAUGAUAUUAAAAUAACUACCUACCAUUGCA